UCAUCAGAAGUUGUGUCCGAGAAGAAAAAUGGCGCGUGUUUGUGAACGGUCCAGCUUUCGAUAGUUUUCAGGCGCGGAAACGGUUUCAAAAUCCAGAAAAAAAAAACCCAAUGUUUGAUAGUGAAAAUCUAGUUGAACAAUAUCAAAUCAAGUGCUCCGCAGCAUCACAGUGAACGUAACACAAUUUAGCUACAGGGAGCUAAAAUUCAAGUGGCUAAAAUAUCGGAUGAGUGUCAUGGCGGCAAACGCGGGCCCUAGCUCGAGCGAGCUCGACGUUAUGAUGAAGUGAAGAACAGAAACCAAAAGUGCAAGGACAAGGCAACAGGGCUCGUAGCGGGGUGGAACACGGUUGGGUGACUGCACCGCUCCCUAAAUGUCGGAGGCAUGGUAUCGCCCUCCAAGACGAAAUAUUCGAGGGUCGCAGCCAAUCAACAGCAGAAAACGGCUUCUACGAAUAAAGUGAAACUCGUGAAAGGCCCGAGACCCUUGAUACAUCACCGGUUCUACUUGGACAUCCAGCGGUACCAGCUUGCGAACGAGAUCGAAACCACCAUCAAGGAGCUCGGCGGUCAAAUCGAAUUCUUCCUGAACAAAGAGAUCACCCAUUUUAUCACCGAUAAGGACUACCAGCCAAAUCAAAUCCAACGGAAAGGACCGGAAUCGGACAGUGGAAACGCGAGUCAGUCGUUACUACAGCAACAACGCCCCGCAACUCCAACCACACCACAGACUCCAAGGACACCGCUAUCGUACGUGUACCAUCCGCAUCGGCAGCAGUAUGUAAAUGAGGCAUCCCCAUCGUCACCAUGUUUGGUCGGUACACCGAAUUCAACCCAGCCGGGACUGGGUCAUCUAGCCAGCGGGUCCACUGCCGCCAAACCAUCAAUACCCCGCAGCCGUGCGGAUGCUAUGCUCCAGCGGGUCCGACAACAGCAGCAACAGUACAACACUAACAAUCACUCGAGUGCACCUCCGAGUCCCUGCAGUCCGGCCCCGGGAAACAACGCCGGUUUUCGCUCCAACCAGCAGUCCGAUCGCCUACAGCAAUCGCCGGCCCACCUGGCCAAGUCCUGGGGCAAACCCAUCUGGACCACCGAGUACGCCAUCAAAUUCUUCAAAAAAGUCAUCGAAACGUGCAGCGCCAGCCGAGAUCUACCGUCGCUCGCGAAGAGCGCCGCCACAACAUCGUCCUCGGAAGCGGCCCGCAAGUCGACCAACAUCCAGCACCUGCGGGGGGAUUUCAUUAAGAUCGAAUCCUUCCAGCGGCACUAUCGGCCGGCUUUCCAGCUGUUCAAGAAGUGGCCCACGCUGAAUCUGAACGCGCGCUCCAGUGCGUCCCCAUUCAACAGUAAUAAUCGCGAUCGAGAUCGAGACCGGGAUCGGAAGAGCCUGAAAACAGCGACCGCCACCACCAAUCAGCCUAAGGCCGCACCGGCAGCGGUCGCCACUGCAACCACCACCACCACAACCACCAACCAAACCAAUGCCCGGACUAAGCCGACGCAGCAGCAACAGCAACGGUGCGGGUAUUGUGAAAUUUGUCGGAUCGAGUACGACGUUCUGGCGAACCACUUGGCCGCCGAAGAGCACAGUGCAUUCGUGAAGAACGAUGACAACUUUGUGGCACUGGAGAAACUGAUCGGAGAGGGAGGUGUUGAUUUGAAGACAUUUCUUGAACGGAAUCCUACUCCUGAGCUGGAGAAGGACGGUGAGAAAAAAGAAGAACCUGUGCCAGGAAGUGGAGAACCUAGUGAACAAGUGCGAAUAGACGCAGAAAGUGAACCCAUAAAAACGGUGGAGAACAAACAAGCUAGAAUUGUGGAAUGUGAAGAACGAGUAGGAAGUGAAGUGAAGAAAGAGACAAAGGAUACACGGGAAGAGGACCAGGAAGAAAAUAAAAGGAUAGUCAGUGGUGAGAAGAUAAGUGGCCAAGAAUCGCCAAAAGUGAUACGGACUUAUUCCAGGAGACAUAAAGACAAAAACCACCUCCUUGCACCGGGAGAUCAGGCAGAACCGCACGGAUCAUCAGCCAGAUCUCCUCCUGCCAAACGCACCUACGCAGGUCGAAAACAAGCACGCAGAGCGGCAGCACUAGCAGCAGCAGCAGCUGCAUCGGCGAUUUCCGUUCCAGCAUCGCCAACACCCGGCUCCAAACCAGUGGACGACAAAUCGUCGCCGCCUUUGUCGGAGCAGGAGAAAGUCACAACAUCGAUAAGCACCGUCGAGGAAGUUGUCCCUCCGCCGCCACCGCCGUCGGAACCAUCCAACUCAAACGAAGCGCCCGAAGUGCAAAUGUUUGGGCGACGUUCAGCGAUCUAUCAUCAUCCCCAUAACACACUGAAUCAUCACAAUCAUCAGAAGGUCAAAACGGCCCGGCAGCUCCAGCAGCAAGCAAUCCUUGGAGGCAGCAGCAUCAUCAACAGCGUGGCAGUCCCCGUUCCGUUUGGUACACCAGGGCUGGUCCCAGAAGCACCCGGCGUAGAGGAAAUGAAAGUGCUCAACAACGAACCGAUCAAGAACGGCCCGAGCGAAAAAGAAAAAGAUCGUCAAUCAAAGCGCAGCGCAGCGGAUAGAAUGGGAUUGAAGGGCUCCACCUUGAAACCAAACGCGGUCCAUCAUCCAUCAGUCGAAAUGCUCGAGUGCGAAGGAUUGGAUCCAAAGAACACCAAACGAAUCAGUUUAGGCUUGCGGCAAAACCCGAAGCGAGCAAAUCUCAACGAAGACUUCACCAGUUUGCUGGACGAAACGCUGGGACCCAUGCGGAAACCCCGAGUCCGGCGGGAGUCAGUCAAACGUGUUAAUUAUUCCGAGCCUCGGGAGGAUGAGAUCGUAUCCCAGGAGGAAAUCAUGCAAAGUAUUCUAGAGAAGACCGCAAAAGAGGCAAGCGAAAGCGCAGCGAAGAAAAAGAAACCGGGUUCGCCAAAAAUGCCAGUGGAUGUGAAGAUCCGAGGAAUUCAGUGGCGAGCACCUUCUCCUCAAACUCGCCCCCCGGUAAAAUCUCCUCUUCUCUACCAAGUCAUAGAAGAACCCAAGCCGAAGAACAAGAAAACAGCUUCACCAACUAAGGGCUCUAGGGAAGGUGGAAGUCCUAGCAAGUCAAACAAAAACGGACUGAUUGUCAAGAUUCGGCGGGUACGACAGUCCGAGCUAAGUUUGCUGAACGACGAAGCGGAGAACUUCAUGUUCCCGAAGAAGGACGACAGUUCCGAGGAGGAAACGGACGAAGAUCGUCAGACAACCUCAGAACUGGCACCAGGCGAGGUAAGUCAAGAACUCCCCAGCAGCGAGGUGGACCACCGUAAUUCCAUUAGCAUGCGGAAAUCGAGUGGAACAUCCGCUGGAGCGGGCAGGAAGCGAACCUCUUCGACUAAACUUCCGCCACCGGAUUCGCCCAGUAAGAAGGCAGCUAAAGAUUCCGACAACGAGGCAACUCCGCGAUCACGACGGGUGGGAGCCCGCGGUCCGGCAGCGCUCCUCCAGGACAACUCCGAGUAUUACAAAUUUCCUGACCCGGGAUCCAGGUUGCGAUUUCCGGAAGCCCCCAUCCAGCCAUGCCCCUCGACAAUAGAGGAUGAUGUCGUUGAUGAUAACGAAGGCGACGGUGAAUGCAAACCGCCGCGGAAGCGCGGCAUGAAGCGGUGCCGUUCGAAGACUCCGGCGCCGGCCACGAUGACCAGCCAGAAGCAGCAGGAACACGACAUUCUGCUGGCGACGCGGUCAUCGCCCAGUUCGCCCUACCACCACCAGGAGCAGCUGCAGAACUGCGGCAAAACGAUUAUCAACUACGUCAAGGGCAAGGAGGAUGGGAUGGGGGUAUUCCGAUGGAGUAACUUUAGGAAAAACUGCAAGGACAUUGAACCGUAUCGGUUUGCGUUUGAGCGGGUUCCAUCGCUGGAACCGUGGUACGAGACGUUUCAACGGCAGGACGACUGCUCGGAGCAGGUGUACGAGUACUUUGGAAAUACCGCAUACCGGAAACUGCCAUACGAGAUGGGGACGCUACCUCCAUUGAAGCAAAAUUGUUGCAUUCUCAACUACCGGAUAAAAUCGGGAACACCGGAAACGACUGUCCCUGUAAGUUCGGCCAGCACCAGCGGCAGCGAUAGUGGCGGGAACAGCACCAACAGUAAAUGUAAUCACAGCAAAGCGACGACCGUUAGUACUGCUGCCAAUGCGGUCGUGGUAUCAGAAACCGAUGCUCUACUGGAUGAUAAGGAACCGUUGGCGCUUCCGCUCAAAAAGCGGAAACUCUUGGUUGAUUCGGAUCGCCCGCGGAAGAGCCCUCGGGAGCACGCCUCAACCCUGGCUAUCCUCAGUCUGCUUCACCAGCAGCAGCAGCACAACCGCCGGCGAACGAUCAGCAGCGGCAUUUCGAGCGUACCGAUCGUGACCACAAUUCUGCCGCCGCCGAGUCCCACCCCGUCGGCCUACAGUCCAAAAAAGGCCGCCAUCCAGGCGCAUCACAACAGUCAGCAGGAAGCAGAUUCGGCUCUGGGCGACGAGAUUCGAUCUUCGUGCGGAAGCGAUCCCGUCACCGAAAAGGAGGAUCAUUGUGCCAAGAAGAUCAAGUUUGAUCCACCGGUGAUAGAGGAAAAUUUUGUGAACUACAAAGUCAUGUGCCAAGAGCUGGAUGCGUUUCUGGAUGAAAUGAGUGAAGAUGCGGGGAUGGAAGACGACGGUGCGUUAUUUCAGCUGAAGAAGAAGACGGUGCCGAUCGGUGUGAAGGUGAAGCAACCGUUGGGAAAGAAUUUAACUGAAGUAUUUCGAGCUUGCGAUAAGGAAGCACCCCUCAGUUUGAAACAGGUCAACCGACGCGAGGGUGCCGUGCGGAAGAUUGUUCAGUACGAUAGAAAACCCCGUCCGCUGAGUUCAGUGACCAUCAAAUCGUUCGACGGCGGAGGAAGCCUCGAUUGGACGGGAAGGACGGUACUGUUCAGGAAGCGAAUCAACCGAACCGGAUGGCCCAAUGUGAAGAAGCGAAUUGUGACGAGGAAGCAGCAGCAAUUGCUGGUGAAGAAGGACGACGGUGAGAGUGGGGUGAAAGCGGAAGGAGAUGCCGAAGGUUCGAGAAAAUCUUCGACUGAGGAAUCACAGAUCAGUGGACUGACUGCGGAUAGCUCGUUGGUGAAACAGGAAGAUGACGAAGGCGAGGAGGAAGACGACGAAGAGGAAGAUGAAUUUGAAGAUACGUUGACCAUGUUGGAUGAUGAAGAACCUACCGAAAAGAUAGAUACGAUUUUGACGGAGGAUGACGAUGAGGUUUCGCAUCAUGUGGAUAAAAAAGUCGAUCGUAGCAAAACUCCUGUGCCAUGUAAAGUCGAAGAAGUGAGAAGCGCGAGUCGGCUAGAAGGAAGCACUCGGGUCUUGCCUAGCAGCAAAUACGUGACUAAAACAACCACAACGAUGACACGAGUCGACUACAACGUUCCUGCUUCGUCAUCGAGUACAUCUCUGGUCGCCAAUGCCGGUGAGGACCAAACCCCCGUACAAAACCACACAUCCGUCAAAGGGAGCAAAUCCACUAACAGCACUUCCUUGCCAGCGCCAGUGGUACCCGAGGAUGACGAUAAGGAGUGCGACUCAAUCAGCUCUCGGAGCAUCUUCGUGAGCGAUGACUGUGAUACGACCUCGUCCACUCUGAUCAAUAUGCAAUGCACUGAUGACCCCCUAUCCAUUGGUCCUGGAUCUCAGAGGAACAGUGCCACGCCACAGCCGCAGUCUACAACAGCGGACGAACCUCCCGCAAACAGCCGACCAACUCGGCCAGCAUCCCGGGCACGACAGAACAACAGCCGCCAUUUAGUGUCUAAUCAUAAUCCGGUUGUGUGCAUCGAGAAGCUCAAGUGCCCUCCCAUCACCGUCAUGCGGACGAGGUCAUCCUCGCGGACUCCCAUCAAGAAAACGUACAAACGAUCGAUCUUCACCAGCGCACUGGUCAACUCGUCUGGUAAGCCACUCAAGCGCAAGCGGAAAAAGAAGCACAAAGUCAAUGGAGUGAUCUCCUCGGAGGCUUCAAAUACCGGUUCGCCAUCGCCCAGCUGCUCGGACGAACUGAACUCAGCCAGUUCAGCUCUCGAAGGCGAAGAUAUGAAUCGCGACACUCCAACACCUCCGCGGAAGUCCAUCAAAGACCGACCACCGACGCCCAGUCCGAUCAAGUUCUCGCCGCGAAAACUUCGGAAACCGCGGGGACGCUGGUACAGGGAACGAUAGGAGGUAAGUCCGUGCUCGGAGCUUUAGAUUAUUAGACGGUAUGUGUCCGUUGUGUGCGUCAUCAGCCGGAACAUUACUACGCCCACUGAUGAUGGUGUAUGUGAAGGAAAGAAGUAUGCGUAAUCACUUAUCGGCGGUUUCUCUCGGCGCAGCGAAAACCACUUUCGUUCGUUUUGAGUUGUUCCUAUUGUUGAUGGCGCUUGAUGCUUUGGGAACCGCUGGAGUGGGAGACUGACCACAACCCAGACCUUCUUUCCAACUGAUCUUUUUUUAUUUAGUUUUGUACUAUUAUUACGUUUACUGUGUCAAUUGCACCCACUGGUACAUGAAUGCUAUUUAACAAAUUUUAGGCUGUAGCUCAAAUAUGAAGUCCCUGUCCCCAGCCCUUCUUCCUCAAAACUUAGGUCCCCUUUAAUAAUUACAAAGUAUGCGACGAAAAAUGCAUUAUAUGUUUGUACAAUAAGUCCGAUCCCCACCCUCCCCUAAAGUUCCCCACGAGACAUAGUUGAAAACAUUACGCCCCCCUCCGCCCCUCAUGUAGCUAAUUUACACCGCGUAUGAAAGGAAACAAAAAUAAUCGUUAGUAUAGAUGUAAAAUGAACUACCAAUUGUAUAGGAUUGUAUGAUGAGUAUGAGCAAGGAAAAAUUGAGCGAUAGUCCGAAGUCUAGGAAUUUAGUAAGGAUCGCGAACGGCCGCAAGCACCGCGAUCGAUGUAUGGAAUUCGUUUUAAAUUAUAACACAUUACAAAAAAGAAAACUAUGACGAGGACGAAAUAAAAACUCCUGGACAUAUGAAGGUAAAUCAGAUAAAAAAAAACACAAAUCUUAUCAUGAUAUGUAAUAAAAUUGAGACGAUGUUCAAAGGAAAAAUGGAAAACAUUAAACAGAA